AUGUCUGAGUACUCUGGUAGUCUUGGAGAGGCUGUGAUCCAAAGAAGCCCCGGUGGCUAUGAUGAGAACCUUGAUGAUCUUGGCGUGGGAAAUCAACUCAACGAACUGGGAUUCAGCGGCAGCGAAGACAAGGGUAGUAGCGAUAUGGAAGCCCUACGCGGCAGUGGCAUCGACAGGAACUGUAGUGACAGCCAGUUGAGCGACACGGCCAUUGUAGAGACGGGAAGUUACAUGGAUAAAUCUUACGACGAGCAAGAUCCUUACCAACAUGAACCGUGCCAAUACAAUGAAGUGGAAGCCAUGGCGGUGGCAAGGGAGAUGGAAAGAAAAGUUGACGCACGAGACAGACAAGAACUUCACCAAGGACCGAACGUGCGCUGGGUGAAUGUCAGAUUCUCGGAGCAUGAAGGCCACCUGACCGGGUACAGACUUCUCCUCAAAAUGAAGUCUGCCAUACAGAGCCAGGAGGCUACUAUCACCAUGGAGCCGCAGUGUGCUGGUGGGCCUUUCUGGGUCUCUAUUGAGGUUGUUGGUCUCACAGAGAAUGAACGGGCAAGUUAUGGCGGCUUUGGGUCCCGAGGGGCUCUAUUAAGCGCGGCUAAGGAUAUUGUCGUCGCGUGGUUGGGCCGCGUACAUGACGAGGGGUUGCCUUUUGAGAAGGAUGUUGUUUUUCGCAAGGUUCAUGGUCAGGAGUCGACUCUACGUCUGAAUUCACCCCCGAAGAAAUCUCCGCCGAAACAUGUUCAGUGGGAGGCACUGGUUGAACGGAAUGGGGAUUGA